AUGCCAGGUGUUGCGAAACCAAUGCCACCAAGGGAGCCAAUUCAGCCUAAAGAGCAGACACCAGCAAGUCCACCUCCGGCACCAGUGUCUGUUCUGCCUCCCAUUGGUCAUGGAGUUUCUCACACACCUUCGGUCCAGCCGACUAGUUUUAAUCCUGCGACACUUGCUUGCGAACUUCGUCGACCUCCUUCCAGUGACGAAGAAGAAAACAACGACGCGGAUUGGGAAGACGAAGACGCUGGCUCACAGACAAAAGCUCAUGAAAGACCAGCAGCGGUAGCCCCCACUGUUCCUUCCUUUCCUGCUGCUGUUGAGACAAAGUCUCAUGCACCCGCUUCGGUGGCAAGCAUUCCGCGAUAUGACGUUGUGCCUGGAGAUGACGAAAUUGCAGGUGGACCUGCACCACCUGGGCUCGCAGCUCAAUAUGAUGUGCCACGUGGUGAUACAAAGUCUCAUGCACCCGCUUCGGUGGCAAGCAUUCCGCGAUAUGACGUUGUGCCUGGAGAUGACGAAAUUGCAGGUGGACCUGCACCACCUGGGCUCGCAGCUCAAUAUGAUGUGCCACCUGGUGAUGUGAGUAGCACU